AUGAACAGUCUCUCUAUCGAGCAACAGGCGCGAGCCGCCCAAGCCUACAUACUCCAGGAGCUAAGGAAGACCGAAGUUGGAGUCUCGAUUCUCAAGAAUAAGGACUUUUUCGCCAGGCUUGACAUGAACUUCAUCACCAUCUUUGCGAUUUUUGCUGAGCUGUAUGGUUACCGACAUGAUUGCCUCGAUCAACUUGUCGAUCUGAUAACUAUGUGCGGGAAAAGCUGGCAAGACAGAUCCCCUGACUUACAAGAGGUUGACAAACAGCGAGAACUCGACCCCGAGUGGUAUCUCUCGAAUCAAAUGCUGGGAGGGGUCUGCUACGUCGACCGAUACGCUGGCAGCUUGGCUGGCAUCAAACUGCGCAUCCCAUACUUCAAAGAGUUGGGACUGACUUAUCUACACUUGAUGCCUUUGUUCUUGGCGCCUCAACCUCUCAAUGACGGCGGGUAUGCUGUGUCCAGCUACCGAGACGUACAGCCCGAACUGGGGACCAUCGAGGAGCUGAGAGAGUUGGCGACUGAGUUGAGAAAAGCAGGCAUCAGCUUAGUGCUUGAUCUCGUGUUCAACCAUACCUCGAACGAGCAUCGGUGGGCUAAGCGCGCAGCUGAAGGCGAUCCUGAGCAUUCUGCCAUGUAUUGGAUCUUCCCUGAUCGAAAUGUUCCCUCAGCCUUUGAACGAUCAACCCGAGAGAUUUUCCCAGAUGACCACCCGGGCUCUUUCAUCCAGCUUCCGGACGGCCGAUUCGUGUGGUCGACAUUCUAUCAUUUUCAGUGGGACCUCAACUACUCGAACCCCGCGGUAUUCAGAGCCAUGGCCGGCGAGAUGCUGUACCUGGCCAAUGUUGGAGUCGACCUUUUCCGGAUGGAUGCCGUUGCAUUCAUGUGGAAACAGAUGAACACAGACUGUGAGAAUCUGCCGGAGGUUCACAAACUGCUUCGAGCUUUCAACGCUCUAUGUCGGAUUGCUGCCCCGUCUGUGCUUUUCAAAUCCGAGGCCAUUGUCCACCCCGAUUUUGUGGUACAAUAUAUCGACCGGUACGAGUGUCAGCUGUCUUACAAUCCGCUUCAGAUGGCCUUGACGUGGGAAGCGCUGGCAACCAGAGACGCGUCAAUGUUGUCUCAAGCUAUUGAGCGGAGACACAAUUUAGCUCGAGGCUGCGCUUGGGUCAAUUAUGUUCGAUCUCACGAUGACAUUGGCUGGACGUUCUCUGAUGAGGAUGCAAAAGAAUUUGGCAAGGAUGGUCUGAAUCACAGAAAAUUUCUCAAUGCGUUCUUCGUGAACCGCCAUCCGGGCAGCUUUGCUCGAGGGGUACCAUUUCAGGACAAUCCGAGGACAGGUGAUUGCAGAAUAUCUGGCACCACGGCUUCAUUAGCGGGUUUGGAGUCGAUGCAAGACCACGCCAUUGAGAGGAUAUUGCUCGCGUACUCGAUCGCCAUGAGCACAGGCGGAAUCCCACUCAUCUACCUGGGCGAUGAAGUCGGUCAACUCAACGACUACAGCUACCUCAACGACCCGGCCAAGAUGGAUGACAGCAGAUGGGUCAAUCGGCCUUGCUAUCCCGAGCAACGCUAUGCCGAGCGGCACGACGUCAAUACCAUCCCAGGGAAAAUCUUCGCCGGGAUCAAACAUCUUAUUCAUCUGCGCAAAACCACGGAGGAGCUUGCUGGUGGUAGGGCGAUUGGCUUUUACACCGGUAAUCCCUCGAUUCUUGGGUACCAACGACCGGGGCCAAGUUCGAGCGUGCUGUGUCUUUGUAAUUUCUCGGACGAAGCCCAGUGGAUCGGCCGAGAUAGAUUUAUGGGAAUGCCUGCUGAGACGAAGGACCUGGUCAGCGGGUACAUGAUUAAGUUACGGAAAGCUGGAAUUCAUAUGAAGCCGUAUCAGUUCCUGUGGUUGAGGUUUUGA